UUUCACGAGUCAAAACCUUUCCCUCCCCACGUGGAUAGUCGAGUAAGACAAUACAAGUGGGAACUUUCGUUUAGUUUUUUUGUUGUAGUUUACUUUGGGCGCGAAGGGCUGUGUUGGAGCUCUACAAGGGAGAGGAGGAGGAGGAGGAAGACUGAGACUGAAACGACAGUUGGUGGAGUCGAGGUAGGAACACGGGAGAAUGGAGGUGCAGGUGCCAGGAAUGCAGAGUUCCCAGGUAGACCCCGAGGAACUUUUCACCAAGUUGGAGCGAAUCGGUAAAGGAUCGUUUGGUGAGGUCUUCAAAGGCAUCAAUAAUCGCACCCAGAGCGUAGUAGCCAUCAAGACUAUAGAUCUGGAAGAGGCCGAAGAUGAUAUUGAAGAUAUACAACAAGAGAUCACCGUACUGAGUCAAUGUGACAGUCCCUAUGUCACCAAGUACUAUGGGUCAUACCUAAAGGGCAGUAAACUAUGGAUCAUCAUGGAGUAUCUAGGAGGGGGCUCAGCUCUAGACCUGUUGCGUGCAGGUCCGUUUGAGGAGUGCCAGAUUGCCACCAUGCUGAGGGAGAUUCUGAAGGGUCUGGACUAUCUUCACUCGGAGAAGAAGAUUCACAGAGAUAUUAAAGCUGCCAACAUCCUCCUCUCUGAGCAGGGGGAGGUGAAGCUAGCAGACUUUGGAGUGGCUGGACAGCUGACUGACACCCAGAUGAAGAGGGAGACAUUUGUAGGCACACCGUUCUGGAUGGCACCUGAAGUCAUACAACAGUCUUCUUAUGAUCACAAGGCUGAUAUCUGGUCUUUAGGUAUAACAGCUAUAGAGCUGGCUAAAGGAGAGCCUCCUAACAGUGACAUACACCCUAUGAAAGUUCUCUUCCUGAUCCCUAAGAGCAGUCCUCCGUCCCUCGGGGAAGACUUCUCUAAGAGUUUCAAAGAUUUCACAGACUCCUGUCUCAAUAAGGAUCCAGUCUUCAGACCCUCAGCCAGAGAGUUGUUGAAACAUAAGUUCAUAGAGAAGAACUGUAAGAGGACUUCCUAUCUGACUGAACUGAUUGACAGGUUGAAGAGAUGGAAGACUGAAGAACACAGCGAUGACGACUCUAGCUCAGACGACGAUAGUGAGUCCAGUAACAAGGAGGACAGUUCAUCUCAACCCGCGUGGUCGUUCACCACCAUACGGAAGAAAGAUAAGGACGGCAGGAAGGACCAGCACAGUUUAUCCACAGUCAUCUCUCCAGUCUUCUCAGAGCUGAAGUUUGAUCACAGGGACAGGGAUGAACAGAGACGUGCUAUAGAGGAGUUGGAGAGAAACAUCAGACUGACUGAAGACCUCUGUCCUGGAAUCACAGACAAGAUGGUCGCCACGAUCAUGACACGCUUCAGGACGUUGACUCCAACAUAAAAGAGAAGAGAUGGAAGGAGAGAGAGAUUCGAGGACGAUUCCAGAUAAACGAGGGAAGAAAGAAGAAGUGCAGAAAUUCUGUCUAGUCAUGUCGACACACACACACACACACACACACACACACACACACACACACACACACACACACACACACACACACACACACACACACACACACACACACACACACACACACACACACACACACACAC